AUGAGCAAUUUGAUAUCUGAGCCUCUUGAUGUCAUGACCAACAAAGAAAUGCAUCAACUGUACGAACACAAAGGAAUUGACCCAAAAAACAACAUGCUUGAUGUCACUCAAAAAGACAUGGAACUCUGUCACAAACACUGGCCAGACAAUUUUGAGACACUCUACGAUAUAGGAGCAAAAGCAUUCGAGACGUUCUUGGUUGACAGACAUCAUCUUGUGAAACUGUUCAAAGUAGAUCAAGUCAAAAGUGAGACGUGGCGUCAGCAUUUUGUAUUGGAUCGAUGUGUUCUUCAUAUGCUCCAAAUGCUGCACGAAACGAUUUCUGUAUAUCAUGAAGAUAUGAGUGGAGGAAACAAAAUUGACGAAGAGUUUUUCAAAAAGAUCCAAACGUUUGGAGGAAGAUACAGAUGUCUCGCGCCAAUGGUACCGGUCAAAGAGUACUUUCACCUGUUCAAUGUGUGGACUGAAAUGCAUAUGGACUUUAUUGUUCUAACCUGUUUUGAAGGCCCUGUUUGCAAUAAGGAGAAAGCAAUUAUUUCGGGAGUCUGGGAGAAAAUAAUUCAAAACAUCAAGGUUCAUUUUGUCUACGGCUGGCACCAUAAAUUGUAUAACAUGACUCGCGAGGAAAAGGAAUAUUUCAUGAAAGAAAAAACAAGCGAACCACCAGCUCGGAAGACAAAACAUCACCAACAAGGAAAACUUCCCAAAAUCAACCUUCAUUAUCUGGACUGGGAUCUUCCAGGUUUGAGCGGAUUCUUUUUGAUGGUCUGA